CUGAACUUCACUCGAGUAUCGAGCCACUCCCAAACACACCUGAUAACACUGAGCGACUGCUGCUGGGAAUCCGCCAUCAUCCUCCGCAUUCAAGUCACGGGAAAACAAACUAACUCCUAAAUACUUCACGAACUCGUACAUUUAUCACUCAAACGGGUUCUUUUAGUCAGGUUUUAUUGGAUUAUAGCUUUUGGCUUUGGUUUAGCCGCUGGGAGGGAUUACACCACGCGGAAAAACUUUACCACGGUAUUUUAAAAGUCUCAUCCCUCCAUUUUGAAUCUGACAGGAAUUUCAACAGUUUGAAACAUGACGAGCAUUAACACAGCAAACAUCAACUUCAAAUGGGAUCCCAAGAGCCUGGAGAUCCGCACACUGGCUGUGGAAAGACUGCUGGAGCCCUUGGUUACCCAGGUCACCACUCUUGUGAACUCUAGCAACAAAGGGCCGUCCAACAAGAAGAAAGGCCGCUCCAAGAAGGCUCACGUUCUGGCAGCCUCUGUGGAGACAGCCACCCAGAACUUCCUGGAGAAAGGCGAGAAGAUUGCUAAAGAGAGCCAGUUCUUAAAGGACGAGCUGACCGCAGCGGUGGAGGAUGUCCGCAAGCAAGGAGAAUCCAUGAAGUUGGCCUCAGGAGAGUUUGCAGAGGAUCCCUGUUCUUCAGUGAAGAGAGGCAACAUGGUCCGUGCUGCACGUGCCCUUCUUUCUGCUGUCACUCAUCUGCUUGUACUGGCGGACAUGGCUGAUGUGUACCAGCUUCUGCUUCAGCUCAAACUGGUUGAGGAGAGCCUGGUGAAGGUGCGCAACGCUGGCACUGAGCAGGACCUGGGUAUCCAAUACAAAGCUUUGAAACCGGAGGUGGACAAACUGAACAUGAUGGCAGCCAAGAGGCAGCAGGAACUCAAGGACGUCCAUCACAAGGACCAAAUGGCGGCAGCUCGUGGCGUCCUGCAGAGGAACGUUCCCAUGCUGUACACGGCUUCGCGUGCCUGUCUGCAGCACCCAGACGUGGCCGCGUACAAGGCCAACCGGGACCUCAUCUACAAGCAGCUGCAGCAGAGUAAGCAGAUCAUCGUGGACCCGCUGAGUUUCAGCGAGGAGAGGUUUCGGCCUUCUCUCGAGGAGCGUCUGGAGAGCAUCAUAAGUGGCGCCGCCCUCAUGGCUGAUUCCUCCUGCACGCGUGAUGACCGGCGUGAACGCAUCGUGGCCGAAUGCAACUCCGUGCGACAGGCGCUGCAGGAUCUGCUCUCAGAGUACAUGGGCAAUGCUGGACAUAAAGAGAAGAGCGAUGCCCUGAACAUGGCCAUCGACAGGAUGACUAAGAAGACCCGUGACCUGCGCAGACAGCUGCGGAAGGCUGUGAUGGACCAUGUGUCGGACUCUUUUCUGGAGACCAAUGUUCCACUGCUGGUAUUGAUCGAGGCUGCCAAGAAUGGUAAUGAAAAGGAGGUGAAGGAAUAUGCCCAAGUUUUCCGUGAGCACGCCAACAAACUGAUUGAGGUAGCUAACCUUGCAUGCUCCAUCUCAAACAAUGAGGAGGGAGUAAAGUUGGUACGGAUGGCCGCUUCCCAACUGGAAACACUUUGCCCUCAGGUGAUUAAUGCAGCCUUGGCCCUGGCUGCCAAGCCUAACAGCAAAGUGGCCCAGGAUAACAUGGAUUUGUUUAAGGACCAGUGGGAGAAACAGGUACGAGUGCUUACUGACGCAGUGGAUGACAUCACUUCCAUUGACGACUUCCUCUGCGUGUCUGAAAAUCACAUUCUGGAGGAUGUUAACAAGUGUGUCAUCGCUCUGCAAGAGAAGGAUGUCGAUGGCCUGGAUCGCACCGCUGGAGCCAUUCGAGGUAGAGCUGCCCGUGUGGUCCAUGUGGUCACAUCUGAGAUGGACAACUAUGAACCUGGGGUCUACACAGAAAAGGUUCUGGAAGCCACCAAGCUUCUCACUAAUACAGUGAUGCCACGCUUCACUGAGCAGGUAGAGGCAGCCGUGGAGGCUCUCAGCACCAACCCAAGCCAGCCAAUGGAUGAGAACGAGUUCAUUGAUGCCUCGCGUCUAGUAUACGAUGGUGUGAGGGACAUCAGGAAGGCUGUGCUUAUGAUCCGGACCCCAGAGGAACUGGACGACUCUGACUUUGAGACGGAAGACUUUGAUUCUCGUAGCAGGACCAGCGUGCAGACAGAAGACGAUCAGCUCAUCGCCGGACAGAGCGCUCGGGCCAUCAUGGCUCAGCUACCCCAGGAGCAGAAGGCAAAGAUUGCCGAGCAGGUGGCCAGUUUCCAGGAGGAGAAGAGCAAGCUGGACGCCGAGGUAUCCAAGUGGGAUGACAGCGGAAAUGACAUCAUCGUUUUGGCCAAGCAAAUGUGCAUGAUCAUGAUGGAGAUGACAGACUUCACCAGGGGUAAAGGACCACUCAAAAACAACUCUGAUGUGAUUAGUGCUGCGAAGAAGAUUGCCGAAGCCGGAUCAAGAAUGGACAAGCUGGGCCGCGCUAUUGCGGAUCAAUGUCCAGAUUCAGCGUGCAAGCAGGAUCUGUUGGCCUAUCUGCAGCGUAUAGCCCUGUACUGUCACCAGCUCAAUAUCUGCAGUAAAGUCAAAGCAGAGGUGCAGAAUCUGGGCGGAGAGCUCGUGGUGUCUGGGGUGGAUAGCGCUAUGUCUCUGAUUCAGGCGGCCAAGAAUCUGAUGAAUUCUGUGGUGUCCACCGUGAAGGCCUCUUACGUGGCCUCCACCAAGUACCAGAAGUCUCAAGGAAUGCAAAACCUCAACAUGCCCGCCAUCUCUUGGAGGAUGAAAGCUCCCGAGAAAAAGCCGCUGGUCAAACGCGAGAAGCAAGAUGAUGGUCAGACCAACAAAGUGAAGCGGUCCUCUCAAAAGAAGCACAUCAACCCUGUGCAGGCUCUGAGCGAGUUCAAAGCAAUGGAUAGUAUUUAGCUUUACCGCAUUUCAGUAGAUUAUGCUUCAGAAGUAGAUUGAGCCUUAAAAUCAGUCAGACUUAGCGAGUACACAUUUAAACGCAUUCCUGUACCUUAGUCACCAAUAUGCCUUUUUCCAUAAGCAGUGGCUGAGUGCACUAAGGUCUAUAUAGCAAAAGUUAUAUUUUUACACACGAAUGCAUUAAUCUGCUCAAUCUUUACACAAGAUUUCUUCCUGAGGACAGGUAGGGGCAUACAUUAAAUUUUGGGCAUUCCCUCACAGUUUAUAUGUACGUUUCCUUCUUUUCUAGAUGACUAUUGUGUAUUUUUAAAAACAUUUAAGUGUAUUUUACAAGAAGACUUUUAUAUAUUUCACACUAAGGGCUUUGAUAUUGCCCACUACUGUCUGAUUUUUGUUUUUCCUUCCAUUCUUCAUGCCUAUGCAAACUCACUGUAACACUUGCAAUACUUGUUUUGGUAUGAAACUAUAAAAGAAAAACAGGCUUUGAUUUAGUGUCAGUCUCGAGACCAAAGUCUUUGUAUUUUGCUGUGCCUAAUAAACUUUUUGAUAACUC